CAACGCGCUUCACUCCCCUGCACCAUCGCGUUUCCAUUAUCAUUACACCGAGGACUCUGCCGCUAGAUCUACCAGACGAACAAGCCGAUUAUUCGCCAACUUAGAGUCUAAUCCUUCCAAGGCGACAGUAUCCAACUAGGCGUUAUCCAUCAAUCACCAAGCCACGAAAUGAAUUGAACCUUCUUCCACUUUGAUCCGCCGAUUACCCUGCCCGAGCUGGUCAACUCCUCCGGCACCCCGCCGACUCAGGUUUACAGCAAUGAGGCGUUAAGGUUCGGUCACUCUUCACUUGCGCAACCAUUCUGCGUACCGUGGCCUAUAUAAAAAUUUCACCACUGGCUGAGGGAUCUGUUGCGCACACUUCUUCCAACCACUAGCGGUACCGCCACUGGCCUAACCAUGUCGACCGCCGUUCAGCCAUCCCCACCGGCUCCUGCUACCUCGGGCGCGGAGGCUCAGGAGGCUACGCCGAACCCGAUCAAUGUCCCAAUUGUCGUCAGGAAUUUCAAGGCGUCUGACCUACCGCUCACCUCGGCCACGCGAUCUGCGAUCGAAGGGUUAGCUCACAGCUUCAAGAAAAAGGGCGGAUAUGAUGCUAUUCGUAAACAAGUCUGGGAGAAGUUCGCUAGUGACCACGAAUCCGAGAUCGUCAAACAGAUACUCCAAGUAGCCGAGCAAGAAGUCGAGCGCAACCCUUUACAACUGCUUACACUCGACCGCGGCAAAGCAGCGGCCCUCAUCGACGGCGCCCUCGACCGAAACGAAGUCUACCAGAAGGCACAGGCUGUAAUCGAGAGUCUGAUCGAUACCGACGCACUAGAAGCUCAUCUUCGUGAACUUCGACGUGCAGAGAUAGGCGACGAGGCGGCCGACGAAGAGCGUAUCCGCGGCUCCAAGACGGACGAAGAAUAUGCAGCCGAGACUGCCGCGCGCCGUGCGGAGAGGGAACGUGUGCGUGAAGAGCUCAGAUUAGUGGAGGAGAAAAAGCGAAGACUCGAACGUGAGAUCAAGGAAAAGGAAGAGCAGAAACGACGAGAAGAGCGGAGAAAGAAGCAACUCGAGGAAGAUGCAAUCAGGGAAAAGGAACGCGAGGAGCGGCGCGCACGACGGGAACAACGUGAACGGGAAAGGGAACUUAGCCGGGAACGCCGCCACCGGGAGAGGGACCGAAACCGUAGCAGGGAUCGCGAUCGCCACAGAGACCGUGAUCGCGAUCGUGACAGGGGCCGGGGCAGGUCUAGGGAUAGGUCAAGGGGCCGGGACAGGCGCCCUAGUAGGGACGCCAAGGCCAGGAAUGACCAUGGCCGCCCCGAGGACGUGAAGACGCAACUUUCCAAGGAGGAUAAUGAACGCCUAGAACAAGAGGCGUUGGCCGACCUUUUGCGCGAGAGCAAGCGCGUAGCUGCGAAACAACCUGAGCUGGAGGUUGACACUACUCUGGCACCGCCACCGAGACGGACAAAGCCCGCUUCUGCAAUCGAUCCAAUCCGCCGAGCAUCGCCAAAAGUCGCUGAGGUCAAAAAGACAGCAGAUAUUGCAGGCAAACCUGGAGUUACUGAGGAGACAAAGGAGGCCAUUGAACCUAAGGAGACCGUUGACACUAAGGACGUCAAGGAACCGAAGGAAACCGCCACCCGGGUCGAUUCGCGGAGAAGCAAGAGUCCUUCGCCAGGGGCUCGUGGACAUCGUGACAAGGAGCGAGAAAAAGACAGAGAAGUCGAGAAAGACAGAGACCGUGAUGACGAUCGAAAACGGAAAGACAACAGGUCAGCCUCUCCGCGCGCGAGGCGUACCGAGCGAAGCCGUUCACACAGGCGAGAACACAGUCGCUCCCGUCUUCGUGAUCGGAGAGAGCGCAGCCGUUCGCGUCCCAGAUUGGAUCGACGAGAUGAUCAUGUCAGAGAUCGGAGCCGUUCUCGACGGAGGGCGACAGAGCGUCGUGACAGGAGUCGCUCACGCGUCAGAAUCACUGACCGGAGGGACGACACUAGACGGGCUAGAAGCCGUUCACGCGCUACACGAGAUGGCCGUGAGAGGAGCCGCUCUCCACGGCCUAGAGUCGAUCGCCGGGAUCGUUCACGGUCUCGCUUAAGGACCGCGGAUCGGGACAGGCGAGCAAGAAGCCGCUCCCGCUCGCGUGAGCGACGGGAAGCUGAAAAAGAAACCACUGCUAGUGCCGCCGCCACACAGAUUCCCAAGAGCCCUAGCAUUACCGUCACUAAAGACACUACCACUGCUCCUACCUCUACUGCACGAAUAGCACCACCCACCCCAGGCGGCCCAACCACCACCGGCACGUCAACAAUCACCGUGCCCAUGAUCACAACUCCACUCUCCAUAGCCUCAACUGCGCCUCGCCCACCCUCCCACCUCGACCGCGACGAAAAGGAAGCUUGGAAACAAGCCGAAGUGAAGAAGCGCGAGCAGGAAGCCAAGGCCUACCUAGCAGCGCAGAAGCAAGCCCGCGAGAAGGGCAUGCCCAUCCCCGGCAUCAACGACAAGCGGGUCGGAGGCGGCAAUGGCACUCCCCUCGGUAGCACCAACGGAGGUGACCGGUCGCCCGAUCUCAAGCGGAGACGAGGAAAUGACCGAGACGCCAGGGACACUCCUCGAGAUAGCAGGGAUAACAGGGACAACAAUCGCGACCAUAACCGUGGUGGUGACCGUGGCGACCGCGAGCGUGAGCGUGAACGUGAGCGUGAAGCCCCCCUGAUCGACUCCGAUAACCGGUACGUCCCCUCCACUGCCGCAAGGGUCGUUGCCGAGCGGGAUCGGGAGAGGGACAGGGAGGCCAGAGAGGCCAGGGAGGAGCGCGAGCGUGAGCGCGAAAGGGAGAGAGAACGAGACCGGGACAAACCUCGUCCGGGCCCGGAUCGCUACGAUGGCGACCGAGGCCGAGAUGAGAGGGGUGAACGGGAUAGGGAUAGGGAUCGCCGUGACCGGGACCGCGACCGGGAUCGUGAUCGUGACAGAGAUCGUGAACGGGACAGGGAUAGGGACAGGGACAGAGACAGAGACAGAGACCGCGACGAUGGUCGUCGCCGAAGCUCGAUAGUCCGUCGCCGUAGCCGAUCAAGGAGCCGCGGGGACCGUGGUGGCGAUCGUGAGCGAGACCGUCACCGUGAUCGUGACCGGGACAAUAACCGGCGUGAGAGGAGUCGUGAUAGCCGACGGGACAGAAGUCGCGAUCGGGAUAGGGAUCGUGACAGGGAUAGAGAUAGUAGAGACUACCGAGGAGGAGAUCUUCGCCGUAACAGCCAUCAUCAUAGUAGGCGGGACAGGAGUCUGUCAACAUCCAGACGGGACCGCGACCGCGACCGCGAUCGUGGUGGGGAUCGAGCGGGAGGAAGACGGGAUAGGAGUCGUAGCCAAAGACGGUAGGGAUGUCAGAGGCACUGACUUCUACUCGGAAUACGGAGAUGAAUGACUGCUAGAAGAUGAGAACAGAGUCAUAUAUAGCUUAGCUUAGGCGUAUUAUUAGAUCGAUAAAUAAACGAUCACUAUACCCAG